CGCCCCCCCGCCCUCCGGCCGCCCUUAGGUCGGGGCGAAACCGGGAGAUGAAAUGACAACUUCCACCCUGCAGAAAGCCAUUGAUUUGGUGACCAAAGCUACCGAGGAGGAUAAAGCCAAGAACUAUGAAGAGGCACUGAGACUCUACCAGCAUGCAGUAGAGUACUUCCUGCAUGCCAUCAAAUAUGAGGCGCACAGUGACAAAGCAAAGGAGAGCAUCCGGGCAAAGUGCAUGCAGUACCUCGACCGGGCUGAGAAGCUGAAGGACUAUUUGCGAAGUAAAGACAAGCAAAGCAAGAAGCCGGUCAAAGAGUCCCAAAAUGACAACAAAGGAAGCGACAGUGACAGCGAAGGGGAGAAUCCUGAGAAAAAGAAACUCCAAGAGCAGUUAAUGGGUGCCAUCGUGAUGGAGAAGCCCAACAUCCGGUGGAGUGACGUGGCUGGCCUGGAGGGAGCCAAGGAAGCACUCAAAGAGGCGGUCAUCUUGCCGAUUAAGUUCCCACACUUGUUCACAGGCAAGCGUACCCCUUGGCGAGGGAUCCUGCUCUUUGGGCCCCCAGGCACAGGGAAGUCUUACUUGGCAAAGGCUGUGGCAACAGAAGCCAACAACUCCACCUUCUUUUCUGUGUCCUCCUCAGAUCUCAUGUCCAAGUGGCUGGGAGAAAGUGAGAAGCUAGUCAAGAAUCUCUUUGAGCUGGCCAGGCAGCACAAACCCUCCAUCAUUUUCAUCGACGAAGUGGAUUCCCUGUGUGGGUCCCGAAAUGAAAAUGAGAGCGAAGCAGCCCGGAGAAUCAAAACCGAAUUCUUGGUGCAAAUGCAAGGGGUGGGGAAUAACAACGAUGGGACCCUAGUGCUAGGUGCCACAAACAUCCCGUGGGUUUUGGAUUCGGCUAUUAGAAGGAGGUUUGAGAAGCGGAUUUACAUCCCGCUGCCCGAGGAGGCGGCCCGGACGCAGAUGUUCCGGCUGCACCUGGGGAACACCCCCCACAGCCUCUCCGAGGCCAACAUCCACGAGCUGGCCCGCAGGACCGAAGGUUACUCAGGUGCCGACAUCAGCAUCAUCGUUCGGGAUUCCCUUAUGCAGCCGGUUCGCAAAGUGCAGUCAGCCACGCACUUCAAAAAGGUCAAGGGUCCUUCUCGUACCAAUCCUGGCAUCAUUAUAGACGACCUCCUGACACCGUGUUCACCGGGCGACCCAGGAGCCAUCGAGAUGACUUGGAUGGACGUGCCCAGUGACAAGCUGCUGGAGCCGGUGGUGUGCAUGACAGAUAUGCUGCGGUCUCUGGUCACCACCCGUCCCACUGUAAACGACGAAGACCUGCUGAAAGUGAAAAAAUUCUCAGAGGACUUUGGACAAGAAGGUUAAAAAAGCUUCUCUUUUGGGGUGACGGUGAGGGCAGGAGGUUGAUGAGGGCACGUCCACAGCAUCCCUGGUGCUGGCCGUCAGGCGGGGCCCAACAGGGCUAAUUCUAAAAUCCCUACCAAAUCCACCUUGCCGUCUGGCAACCAGCUGGGGGGUGCGAGGAAGAAGCGCUUCCUCUGCCUCCUCAGAGACAGUAGGGAGCCCAGCUGGCCCCGGGGGAAGCCCGGUCCUACAUGCUUCCUCCCCCGGUGCUAUCUAGCUCCUUUUCCUGCUCUGCUUUGUCCUUUUUUAAAAAAAAACAAAAAAAACUUUUUUUCUCCCUAAAUUAAUGCUGCUUGGAUUUUUGUCUUGUUUCUAAGUAAAAAUAAAAUCACCCAAAAACCUCAAGGAGUGGAAACACCCUUGUUCCUGAAGCGGUCGGCUCGGCCAGUCGCUGGGUUCCUCUGAGCUGCCUGCUAGGCUGCACCCUUCCUGCUUCCCCCUCCCAGUUGGGAAACGUUCGGCUGUGUCCCUGUGGAUCCCAGUUCCGGGACUUCUAAAAUUACGGAUUUCUGGCCGGCCCGGCUGUGAGGUUAGGUACAAGGGAGCGUGUUUCUCCUGAGGAAGGCGGUGAGACUUCUUCAAGUGAAAUAGCUCAUCUUCCCCCAUUGCCUUUAGGGAACGCCAAAUUAUGCCCUGCAAAUUGGUGUCUUAAGGGACCCCUUCCUGGAAAAGGCGUCUAAUUAAUGUCCCCCCCUUCUCACCCACUUGACUGUUCACCUUUCUCUAGCCCUUCCCCCAAGCCAUAAUCCGAUACGCCUAGCUCCUGUGAAACUCGUUAUCUUCCAGUAAAAAUGUUCUUGAGUGAAGAGUGGGUGAGCGAACGUAAAAUGUGGCACCUAGCUUCUGCAAUAAUAGUCCCACUUAGUCUCCAAAUAUCUGCAGCUGUUCUCAGGUUUGUGUUUUGUGGUUUUUGACCCUGGGUUCUAAGAUCGCAGGAGUUUGGUUUGCGGCCCUCGUUUGGUAGGAUUUUAACAGGAAUUAAUAGUUCUUUUUACACUGGCUGGGUUAACUCACAAGCUAAAGAGCUGGCAACCAUGGAAAUGCCUCAUCAUCAUCAUCAUAAAUCGUAUUUAUUGAGCGCUUACUGUGUGCAGAGCACUGUACUAAGCGCUUGGGAAGUACAAGUUGGCAACAUAUACAGUCCCUACCCAACAGUGGGCUGCUCUGAUCUCCAGGCUGAAGAAAUAACAGAGAUAACGUGAAUAAUCCAAAGAAGGCACGUUACAGCCUUAGUUUCCUGCAGCGCGGUGUUGCUUCAUUCUCCGUGCUUGAUGAAAGCAACGAUUGAUGAAAAGGGGAGUGGGGACAAUCUCGGGCCCAAGUGGUUAACUCAGGAUUUGUUAUUACCUUUUCUUUUUAAAUAAGAACUGUCCCUGACUCUGAAAUCAGCAGGGGACCCAUUCAGCUAAGAGAAUUCUCUUCACAGUAAAAUGGGGUACCUUAUAUGGGUGAUUGGUUAUUUUGUUCCCUUAACCGCCGGCUUUUAUUUCUGUUAUGCUGGAAUCAAGUUUGAAUAAUAGGACGCUCCUCUUUAAACUCAAACACUGUUCAGCCAACUAUACCAGUAACUCUUCUUUUCACGAGGCUUUUUCUCUCGCCCACUUUGGCCCAGAAGCCUCCCCUGCCUUCUAGUGCCCAUUUCUACUGCCCUUCUUGGUAUCCUAGUACUUGACCUUAUCGGCAGCUUGCCAUUGAACAAAAUUAUAAAUGUUUUGAAAUACUGAUCUCAGUCCACAUUGAUUUAUUUCUCAGUGAAGGAGCUAUGCAUUCUGACUUCCGUCUUUCUUUAGACUAAUUGAAGGUGGCAGAUUUCUUUUGCAUUCCUCCUCCUGGGCUACCUUUUGAUGGUUUUAACUUAACUCUGGGACUUUCAUUCCAAACUCAGUACCUUGGCAUCUGUAGAUUACCCUGCCCUAAGAAACUAAUCAGACCUUCCAGCCAACUUCUCCAAAAUUCUUUCUUUACAAUUUGUACUCCAUUGAGGCCAUUGUACUCACUGAGGCAAAAAAGGGGCAGUGUACUUUGGCUUCUACACUGCUGAGUGGUUCCAAUCAUCUUUCUAAGAAUGCGACUCUUGCCGAAAUUACUUGGGGAUCGGGAAAUUUCCCUGGUUGGCGUGAUAGAGACAGUAGAGUAUUUAUUAAGUGCUCGCUGUGUGGCGAGCACUCCACUAAAUGCUGGAAGAGAAUACGCAAGUGGGAAUUUGAGAGUCUCUGUGUCCAACCAGGUUAACCGGUAUCUACCCCAGUGCUUAGAACAGUGCUUGGCACGUAGUAAGCGCUUAACAAAUAUUCUUUAUUAUUAACAGAGAUGGUCCCUGGCCCUGGGGGGUGGGGAGGUGUGCUCACAAUCUUUAAGUGGGGCGAAGGUAUUGGCGCGGCAGAUACAUCAGGAAUGGGGAAGACUGCUGAAAUAGCACUUCAGGAGAAAGGUGCAGCCUCAAUCCCUCCUAAGGGGACUGGCAGAACAAUAAUAAUAGUAAUUGUGGUGUUCGUUAAGUGCUUACUUUGGGCCAAGCACUGUACCAGGCACUAGAACCUCCGAUAUCUCUAGUUGUCUCAGUAUUCUAACCUUAGACACGUUUUGGAUCCUGUAUUUGGAAAAUGGACAAAAACCUACUUACCUCAUCGGGGUUAUGAAGAUUUGUUGAUCUCGGUAAAAAUGCAAGCAGCUAAAGUGUGAUACCACUACUGUUCAGAUAACAGGUAACGACACAAGUGAGUUUAAUUUUAAGUUUUUGGAUGUCUUUGGAAAAAAACUCCCUCUGAAUGUUUUCCAACAACAAUAAAUAUUUAUUGAGCACAAA